GCAAUUGCAUUAAUGUUAUUAUAUAAUACUCACCACAUCUAAUAACCCUUUCGUUAUUAUUCGGAAAUAUUACAAACGACGAAUACCACUUUCCUGUCUGCUAACAAUUCGUACACGCUGUCGGUAUAUCCAUCUAUGACCAUUGAUAACAUUCCUCAGAAGAUGGCUGUCUUCUGCGCUGAUGCGCCGUGUAGUCUGUUAGAAGUUUGCCAACGUUUCAGAGGUCCCUGGUGCAUCCAUCAUCAGGACGAUCUCUAUUAUGUGAAACAACAGAGGUAGGGCGGGGAACCAGAUCGUAUCGUGAGCACGGUCAACAAUUAUAACGGCGCAGGGUACAGAUUAUCAUGAACAGACUAUCCUCAAUGAAAAGUGCAAUGAUGGUGGCAGUAUGGUUCUCCUAAACGUCCGUUCACUUGUACCAUACCACACUGCACUGCAGCACAGAAGACAGCCAUCGUAAACGCCGCCGCAAAAACCUCAAAUCCUAAUCAUUAUUACUUUGAGAAUUUUAGGUUAAGGUAAAUUCUUUUACGGAAUUGAAAGGGGAAGGUAAUAAAUACUAUUUCUGUGCUAAAGCGAUUGAGCAGCGAUAUUAGUAAUCUGUGCUAGCAGGUGUUGGUAUUAGAUUGUAUUAGUAUUGACGUCUGCAUUGCGGCAUUCGGUAGAGUGUGUUAUUGCAGUGUGUAUAAAGAUAUGUCCGGGAUGCGUAUGAAAGCAUCCCGUUGCCCUACAGAUGAGCUGUCACUCACAAACUGCGCUGUUGUGAAUCAAGUCGACUUUCCUGAUGAUGUAAAACACGUUGAAGUGAGUACGGGGCCAUCACAGCACUAUGUAUUCAGAGUUCGGUUUCAUUCUGAAGUCCCGCGUGGUACUGUAGGCUUCAGCUUACCUCAGAGAAAAUGGGCAACUUCCCUUAAUCAAGAUAUUGAAGUAAAGCCUUACCAUUUUGAUCCAACUUCCAGUUCAGAAUGUCUUUGUACUAUUGUCUUGGAAGCUGAUUUCUUGCAGAAGAAAAGCACUACUUUAGAGCCUUAUGAUACAGAUCAGAUGGCAAAGGAAUUUCUGCUGCAGUUCUCAGGUCAAGCUUUUACAGUUGGCCAACAGUUAGCAUUUAACUUUGUUGACAAGAAACUGCUGGGUUUGGUUGUCAAGAGUCUCGAAGCUGUUGAUCUGAGUGCUAUCAAAGCUGGUCAGGAUGCAAAACCUAAGAAAACUAAAAUGGGACAUUGCCUGGGAGAUACAAUGGUGCAGUUUGAGAAAGCUGAAAAUUCAUCAUUAAAUCUUGUUGGAAAAGCGAAAGGAAAACUGCCUCGGGAAUCCAUUAUGAAUCAAGACUGGGAUUUUCUGAAUAUGGGAAUUGGUGGUUUGGACAAAGAAUUCAGUGACAUCUUUAGUCUGGCUUUUCAAUCGCGUGUUCUUCCUCCUGAAACUGUUGAGCACUUAGGUUAUAAGCAUGUAAAAGGAAUUCUGCUCUAUGGGCCACCGGGAACAGGGAAGACUCUAAUGGCUCGUCAAAUUGGGACCAUGUUGAAUGCUCGUGAACCUAAAAUAGUUAAUGGACCUCAGAUUUUGGAUAAGUAUGUUGGUGAAUCUGAGGCUAAUGUUCGGCGGCUUUUUGCAGACGCAGAGGAAGAGGAAAAAAGGGUGAGAACUGCAUUUUACAUUUUAUAAAUAUAAACUUUUGUAGAUAAUAUAACAAAGACUUCAUAAAGUAGUCAAAAUACAAUGGCAUAAUAACAGUGUUACUUUGCUGAUUUUUAAGAAACCAUGAAUUUUCCUAAAACCGACAGUGGAUUAGAAAUAAAGUACAGUACAAUAAAUCCCUAUUUCUGUGAAUUGCAGAAUGUUAUAA